AAAAAAUCAAAUUUACAGCAAAAAAAAUAGAAUAAAAGAAAGAAAGAUACACAUAUCGGAAUCUACGACGGCGAAACUCCAUACACGUGCAGUACGCCAUAGUUUCCUUCACGGGAAAGGAAAUAGUGUAUAUUUAGAAAAUAAGUUAAAUAAAGUAUUGUUGUAGUAGCCACAUAUUUGCAUGUGGAGAUAGCAAUCCUCAUCGAGCUCCCUAUUGGUGAGCAUGUUCGUUCUGGUCUAUUCGACCGAUCGCCGCAUUUACAUGAUGGCAAUUGGUUGUUUUAAGGCGCCAACAAUUCACAUUAUAUAUCAUAAACGCUAAGUCUUUAAGCAAGAGCCGGUGCCUUCCAGCCACUUACUUAGACUCUCCACUCGAUAUCGCUGAUUGUAAUUAUAACUACUUCGUGUGGAGCAUUCCACUACCGCAAUCUAAGGACGCGCCGACAAACAGAUAGGAGCUCAAAGUUAAAGCCUGUCUGAUGUCAUUGUUAUCCCGUGCCGGAGUCGUAUGUCGUACUAUGCAUUUUCUCAGAGAACACCUCGUUUACCACGUUUUGGAAAUAAAGGAGAAAUUUAAGAAAUAUACACAAAUUUAACUGCAUAUAAGAAAACAAAAACUUUGUGCAUCCAAACAUGUCGGAAGUACGCAUCAGGCCAAGACAGGUCUUGGUAUUAAUUAUUGUGUUCCUAGUUAUACUCCUAAUGGUACAUCGUAAUGGCCAGAGAACAUGUAAUGGACCAGAAUACCUCAAGGCAAUGUACGCCAAACAGCAGGAUGGGGAAUUACCCACAAUUUACUGUAUAACACCGACAUAUGCCAGGCCACAGCAAAAGGCAGAACUUACUAGACUUUCCCAUAUAUUUAUGUUGGUACCUAACUUGCAUUGGAUAAUAGUUGAGGAUGCUGAAAAAACAUCAAAUCUGGUGAGGACUUUACUAGAGAGAGCAGGACUAACGCAACGAUCUACACAAUUGAAUAUUAAAACACCCACCGCUUUCAAGUUAAAGCACAAUGAUCCGAAUUGGAUAAAACCACGAGGGGUAGAACAAAGAAAUCUCGCGCUGUCAUGGAUUCGCACAAAUGCCGAUGCUGAUAAACACAGUGUUGUUUAUUUCAUGGAUGAUGACAACUCCUACAGCGUAGAAUUAUUUUCUGAAAUGUCAAAAAUCGAACCUGAACGUGUCGCAGUUUGGCCGGUGGGUUUAGUGGGGGGACUUAUGGUGGAGAAGCCGUUGCUUAAUCCCUCUACAAACGAAGUAGAAGGCUUCAAUGCAGCUUGGCGCCCGGAAAGGCCUUUUCCCAUCGAUAUGGCGGGUUUUGCCAUAAGUACCGAAUUAUUUUUUAAAUACCCUCAGGCAAUUUUCAAUUACGAAGUUCAGCGUGGCUAUCAGGAAAGUGAAAUUUUAAGACAUUUAACUACAAGAUCUCAACUACAACCUCUGGCUAAUAAUUGCCGGGACGUGUUGGUAUGGCAUACACGCACUGAAAAAACAAAAUUGACUAACGAAGAUGCCUUGAAUAAGCAGGGCAUAAAGUCAGACGACGGAAUGGAGGUUUAGAAUUUAUUGAAAUAAUUUUCGUAAAAUUUAUCACACAUUUUUGUAGCUUACCUUUUUCAUUUCUUCUUCAGCAUGUUCCUAUGGUUAAACUUCGGGAUUAGAUUCUAUUAUUUUAUUUAUUCAAUUAAAAAGUGAACAUUUUUUGGGAAUAUUUAUGUA